GAACAGUGUGUGGCCUGACGCGGACUCUCAGAGGAAACACUAUCGGCCAACCUCGAAGCGAUCCAAAAUCACUAUCCACGACUUCUACAAAAGACGAACCCCGACGUCGACAUAAAAAAGUGUACGCUAGCAUCUAUGGAUUUUAUGACCCAAGUGUCUAUGAACACAUAACAUACUCUUGUCACGAAACCCAGUGAGGACAGCUGCUAAACGUACAAACAUGGCCAUCAAACCCGCCGAACUUGCCAUCCCCAUUAUCGACCUCGAGCCUAUGCGCUCAGGCAGUCCCGAAGAGGUUCAAGAGACUGGUAAAAAAGUCUACGAGGCGUUUCGAGAUGUGGGUUUUGCAUACAUCAAGAACCACGGCCUUCCACAAACAAUUCUCGAUCAAGCAUUUGAAUGGAGUUCAAGAUUCUUCUCGCUCCCUCAAGAGGACAAAGACAAAGCUCCUCACCCGCCUUACGGCUGGUGGCACCGAGGUUAUUCUGGGAUCGGUCGUGAGAAGGUUGUACAGAUGGUCUUUGAUCAAGAUUCGAUCGCCGAUCUACGAAAGUGCCCUGAUUUCAAGGAGUCAUUCGAACUCGGCCGUGAAGACGACGAACACACUCCCAACAUCUGGUUCCCCGAGGAGGUUCUACCGGGGUUUCGUAAAUUCAUGACCGGAUUCUUCGAGACAUGCUACAAGGUGGAACUCGACUUGUUGAAGGCCAUCGCUUUAGGGAUGGACCUCCCGGAGGAUUUCUUUCGUGAAUACCACACGAAAAAGGACAACCAGAUUCGGUUGUUGCACUAUCCACCCGUUGAGGCCGAACUCCUCCGCGAUGGCAAGAUGGAACGUAUCGCCGCCCACUCGGACUUCGGAACCAUGACUCUUUUGUUUCAGGAUCAGGUCGGUGGUCUCGAGGUGGAGGAUAUGCACGAAAAGGGCAAAUUCAAUCCUGCCCCUUUUGUGCCUGGUACGAUCGUGGUGAACAUCGGUGAUUUCUUGCAACGUUGGAGCAACGACACUCUCAAGUCCACAUUACACCGAGUCAGGGCACCACCAAUGACCGUGGAAGGAAUGACGAAAGCAAGGUACUCGAUUCCGUACUUUGUCACGGCGGACAGGGACAAGACCGUGGAUUGUUUGCCAGGGUGCUAUGAUGAAAAAGCAAGACCCAAGAAAUACGAACCUAUCAAUGCGAGGGAGUAUAUCGAGAUGAGGUUGAAUGCUACGUACUGAACCCGGUAUCUAGGCGAGGUGUUUUACUCUGUACGGAGUAUGUAGUGUGUAUCAGGCAUGGAGAGGAGGAGAUUGGGUCGUGUAUUGCUCAGUUGCCUAUUGCUCAUGGUUUACUAGAUAGGUUUUUGGUGGGCAAUUUCUUUCACUUGUGUGAAUCUUACGACGUGACGAUGUCUUUUUUUUCUCUUUCAUAAUCUCAAUAUGUCUGUAG